AUGGCUAGCAUCCAUCCUCCCACCACCAUCGACGAGUUUACUCGCAUCUGGACUGCCAACGUCCACUGGCGGCUGUAUGAGCAGUGUGGCGUCUGGGACCCACAGACGAGGGGCGUCCAGGUCUGGGUCUGCAUACGCGAACACCACUCGACGCAGGGUACAGAGCCACCAAACACUUCCUUCUGGCAGUACCUCGGUCGCGGCUGACGACCCUUUGAAUCCAACUCGUCCAUAAUUUAUUCGUUCAUCACCCUCCUCUCGGUCUCUCUAUCUUACCAUCAACGCAUGCUUAUACGCUGCCUACCAAUAUCCAUGACGGCGGACUCCACCCCCGGGCACACCAUCAUUAUCAUCAUCAUCAUCAUUACCCGCCCUCCCUCCCCCCGGCGCUGCGAGGUGGUGGCCACACGAUGCUAGCUGCUGCUGCUUUUUGGGCGUGAGGAUGGAUAAAUUUGUUUUGGUCUCUUGCAACUUGCUAUCAUCUACUCUAUACCCUGGUGUUGUACUAUUUGGAAGCACUACAUAUACAGUACACCUCCUUACUCUAGUUAUCUUUCUUGUGCUAUAAAUUAUAACUCACAAUGUUUUUGCUUUUCACAAUCUCCGCGCUUUGAGCGACUCGGACGUCAUGAGAGGAUGUCUUGUGGAUGAUGUCAUUACUGUGUCAUACGAAUUCCUUCGCGUGAAUACAUCUGUCACAC